CCUUUGACACCUUUGACAUGCCCAUGGCUGUGUAGCAAAGCACAGUGCUUGGCCAUGAUGUAUACCUUUCGUCACAGCUCAUGCCACUGCCCUGGUCAAUAGAAAACACAAUACUGAUCAUAAGUAGGAUUCAUUGAGUGUGAUUCCAGACUGUUAUGUGGGGCCUUCAAGAUUAUGAUAUUGACAUAUUUUCAAGCUAUCUCAUGAUCUAGAUCUUGAAUUUCUUUCAAUGCUUAUUUGCAGGCUAGAUUGAAAUUUUUUAACUUGUUAACAUUAAUCUUGUGACUGCAAGGUGACCUAUAUAAAAUUUGUGAAUUUUGCAGCCUAAUCAUGCACUUUCCCUGACACUUUGAUACAAUAUGGAAUGAAUUAUUAUAUUUUAAAUUUAAAAUAUGUUACCAUUUCAUAACAUGCCUUUUUCCCUUCCUGUUUUAUAAUAUCUUGCUAUUCUCUCACUAUGAGUAAAAUUAUAGGUCCAAUUUAUAUCCUUACUAUCUACAUGAUUAUACAUACAUAUGAUACAUAGGUUGAUCCUUGUUGUGUAGCCAAACAACCCCUAUGUAUUUAGGGCACCAGGCAAUAAGCACCCACAGAGCAAUGCUCUGUUAAGUACAUACAAUAAUUUGUUCUCUUCAAUGAAAAUUUUGUUUUAAAGGCAUAAAAUUGAUAAAUUCAGUGCAUGGGAGCUCAAAGAGAAGAACUCUCUAAUUGGUGGCUCUUGUUCAACAGCUCUGCAAUGGACAAGUCACUUACUACCAAGUCUCCUUUGGGCUCUAAGGAAAUAAUUAAAAGAAAACUCUUUGCAAGAAAACCUUAUCUUGGAGUAUCCUUGUCUAAUGCACUGCAUGCAGUGAAGACAGGAAAACUGAGUAUUAGUCAGGCUGCUCAUCAAUAUGGCAUUCCCAAGUCUACCCUCAGAUCUCGCCUUGCAUCUAACACUUCGAUGGUUCCAUCACAUGGUGGAACAGCUCCUGCUCUUUCUGCUGAUGUGGAGAAAGAUUUAGUAGAUUGGCUUCAUGCUAGAGACAGAAUGGGUGCUCGUGUUGGAUGGCAUGAGCUUGCUUUGGCUGUGGAAAAACUAUUGGAAAUUAGUCCUGCCACUUGUACAUCUUCUCUUCCUUCCAAGUCUUUGCAUUCAAGUCUCCCAUCAAGUGGUUGGCUUGUGAGAUUCAAGAGAAGGCAUCCUAGUGCUCCUAUGUUGAAAACAAAAAAGGAGGAUUGGUAUCCCCCUAACAAGUUUACUGAUGAAGUAUUUCUGGAAUGGAUAAGACAACUGCAAAGCCACAUUAUUUUCAAAGCCGACAUAUCUGUCUGUGACUUAUUUACAUUUGAAAAGGCUAAUCUCAUAUACACCAUUGGCUUGCUGACAUUUUCUCUUGAAUCCUCCAGAGUGUCAGUUUCUUGGGAAAACAACAAGAGCGGUUUUGCGCAACUGUUACUAUGCUUUGAUGCAACUGGUAAAAUAAUGAAACCAACCCUUUUGAUUAAUCAAGAACAAUUACUGGUAUGGCAAGAAUUGUCUACACAAGAUAAAUCUGUUUUUGAUGUGCUAGUACAUGAGGAGUUUUUCAAUUCUGAUGUGCUGUGUGUAAUGAUAGAAAAAAUUGUUGCUUUAAAAAGUAAUUCUGAGAUCUGUCUGCUGCUGUUGGACAAGUCACUGGCAGUUGCUGAUCCAACCGCCAUGAAAUUAGCUCAGAAAAGCAAUGUUGUCUUGCACUGUUUUCCCUACCAUUCACUGAAGAAACAACCUCGGUAUUAUGGACCACUUGCUAAAGUUAAGCAGAUUGUUGAUGGUAAAAUAAUUGAUGGUCUUUCUGCAUCAGAGAAAUUUUGUCUAAUAUCAAAUUCAUGGCAACAACUGAAUACAGAAAGCUGUGCAUCUGAUAGCUUCAACUCUUGUGGCUUGCUGCCUUUGAAUGUUGAAUAUAUACAGGCACUGGAAGUUAGUUCGGGAAACUCAAACAAGUCCUUGAAUGCAACAGAAUUGGAAAGAUCUGUCUCAUCUGACUUGAUCAAAGGCAUGGAAAUUGCUUUGAAUGUGAUAGAAACUCGGUGCUUGGAACCACAGUAUUUGCCUGUGUAUGAAAAUUUUUUGAUGCAGAAUUCAUCUCCAAAGAAUGAUCCAAUGUUUAAUGUUUGGAAGGAACUGAAGUGUGAAAUUUCUUUGUACAAAAACAAAAGCAUUAAUGAGCAAGCACUUGGUUCAUCAACUGCCAAAAUCGCCACUGAUAAAUCAGGAGACUGUUUGAUCAAUGAGCAAGGACCCAUUGAUGAUGUGCAUGCAACUAAGCCUGAACUUGCAGCUCCCAAACAUUGUGAGGCUGAGGAACCUGAAAAUUUAGAGAGCAAUCGUGAACCUUACUCAGCACUAUUGCGGGAUUCAGUUCCUAUAAGUGAUCGAUAUAAACGCGAGUUCAAUUUCGAUACCAUGCCGGGAUUGAAUCUAGAACAACAUGCCCUGGAAAUAAUGGGGCAAUACCAAGCCAUGACAGGCUCAGUUGAUCUUCAACAACUUGUUAUUGAUGCAGACACAGAUUUUGAAACUGAUCUUGCUAAUUAAUUCUUAUCAGCUACUGUAAAGUAUGCGGAGAAAAGGCCAAGUUGCUUGUAAGUGUUUAUUACAUCAAAGAUUUGUAUAUGUUAAUUUUUUAUUUGAUAAGUUAGUUGUGUAAUUUGUGCUAAUAACAGU